AUGAAUGAGUUUCGAAACUCCGAGGAACAGCAGGUUGAGCUUAAAGAAAAGAUCGCCAAGCUCGAGGAGCUCGAGAUUAAGGCAAGGGAGAAAGGAUACGAGCUGAAUACGGAGUUGGUGCUUCAUAACAUUGAGGAAGAGGAUAUGGAGGAUUAUUUUGGAUGCCACAGUGAGAAGCUCGCACUUGCUCUCGAGCUUUUGAGUGCUCCGGAGGGAGAAGUUGUCAUCAGGAUAGUGAAGAACCUCAGAGUUUGUGGGGAUUGUCAUUUUCUGAUGAAGUUCGCGAGCGAAUUGUAUGGGAGGGAGAUUGUGUUGAGAGACAUCAAGCGGUUUCAUCAUUUCAAGGAUGGCCAGUGUUCCUGUAGUGAUUAUUGGUAA